GACAACUCUCCCUUUUCCACCUCCUUCCAACUUCAGCGAUUCCUUUUAAGGACCAGGUCCGCACCGUCGCUGCCACCGAUCUCGACACAGUCGCGCAUAUCGUGCUCGCCGUCGACAACACCUCCUCUCCUCUCCCUUCUCUCCUCUCAACGGUCAACAGCCCCACGUCGUCGCCGUCGUCAGGCUAGUUUAUGGCCUUUCGUUCCCAGACCAAUAACCCGCAAUCUUAUCCGUUUCACCAACAACAACGCACUUCCAUUUCCAGCCAAAACCAGGAAGACUCUCAGUCUUCCCCUGCUAUGCGAAAGCGUCAACGUAUUGAAAGCGACAUGUCCAACUCCGUAAACCCCCAGUCCGCUACCAACCCCCAGCAGCCCGGCCAGCCCAUGCUCCCCGGUCAGGUCCCGCAGCCCGGCGUCCCCGAAGACGGCUUCAUCGCCGACCAAGAUGCUGCCGAGAGUGGCGGCGACGAAGACGAAGAUGACGAGAAGCCCAAGUCGGACAAGAAGGCUGGUAGACGCAAGAUAAAGAUUGAAUUUAUUCAAGACAAGUCGAGACGCCACAUAACGUUCUCCAAAAGGAAAGCUGGUAUCAUGAAAAAGGCAUAUGAGCUGUCUACCCUCACUGGCACUCAGGUCCUCUUGCUCGUCGUGUCCGAGACCGGUCUCGUGUACACCUUCACGACCGCCAAGCUUCAACCCCUUGUCACGCAGCCCGAGGGCAAGAACUUGAUUCAGGCAUGUCUCAACGCGCCUCACGGCGGUGUGCCCUCAUCGCUCCCCGUCGGGGCCCCCAUGGGCCGCGCCACUGGGCCUAUGACCAUGCCCGGACCCACCAAUCUCCCCGGUGGUCUCUCCAUCCCUGGUGGCCCCGUUGGCGGUCCUGCCGCUGGCAAGGAGGAGAAUGAUGACGAGGGUGAUGAUGAAGCUGCUCAUGGUGGACGUGCGACCGCCGGUGACAAGCGCCGUCGUCGGUCGUCCAACGCUGCCCAGGCCGCGUCUUCGCGAGGUGGACCUGGCUCUCCCUCGACGCCUAACAGCACGGUCCCGCCCCUCAACAUCCCACAGUCGUCUCAACAGCAUCAGCAACCUCAGGGUCCCCCGCCUCCGCAGAUUGCCCUUGGUUCCCCCACUAGCCCACACCAGCACCAUACCCAGGUUCCCCAGUCCCCCCAAUACACUUCACCGACUGGCGCGUACGGUCAUCCGCAGCAAGGACACCACGGGCCCGGUGCAGGACACGCAAGCCCGACAGACCCAGGAAUGUACGGCGGGCACAUGAUGCCCCCUCCCGGACAGUACUCUUACUCUCCGGGUGGUGCUCCGCCACAGGGCGGGCAGCCUUUAGGUGGGCUCGCCGCCGCCGCCGCACAACAACAUCAACACUGGGGUGCUCCGCCGCCGGUAGGACAAGCAGGGCAUUACACGAGGAGAUAAAGGGCGGGAUCUCGGACUGUUGAAUUGUUUAUUCUUUCCUGAUUCUUUCUUGUCCUUGCGUGCCGACCUGGGUCGUGCACCACGCGCCGUUAUGCAUCUGUCCUUCUUGCGCACCUUGUUUUCACGCUUACAACAACAAAUUUGUACAUUAACCCAGCCCUGAUCCCCCCUCUACCAAGUGCUUGUUUUCUUCUGCCCCCCUUCAACCGCCCUUGUGUUUGUUGCCUCACCUGAGAUGCUUGGCUGACGAUUCCUGCGUUGUGUUGUUUAUGUGUUCUUGUUCUGUCAGCAAGAUAGCGAAGUGAAUCGUAGGCUCUGCUACUGAAAAUGCAAUCCAUG